AUGGCACAUGAAAGUCGUUUCAAACCAAGAAUAUAUUUAUCUCAAAGUCCUUCGAAAUGUUCUAUAGUACUGAAUAAUGUGUUUAAAAGGCAUAAUGAUUUAAAUAUUUUCAAUGGAGUGAAUUUAACUGCACAUAGUGGUAAAAUAUGUGCUAUACUUGGUGAAAUUAACAGCGGUAAAUCUAUGCUUCUUUCUUGUUUAGUUGGUGGAGAUAAAAUAGACAAAGGUCAUAUAUGGGUUCUUGGUGGUAAACCAAGAACAAAAAGCAGUAAAACCUUAACUAAAUACACUGGUUAUAUGCCUCAGGAAUUUUGUUUGUAUAAAACCAUGACGGUUCUAGAAUUGUUUGCAUAUUUUGGUAACUUAUAUAAUAUUAAUUACAAAUUUAUUCUGUGGAGAAUAAGCUAUUACAAAGACAUUUUUACCCUGCCACCAAUUAAUUCCACUAUUCAAAAAUUAAGUUUCAGUGAAAAAAGAAUGAUAUCAUUUAUAAUAGCAGUAUUCCACAGACCUCGAUUAGUGGUGUUAGACGAGCCUACUAUUGGACUUGACGUUUUAAAAAAAAAUCAAAUUUGGAGAUACUUGUAUCACAUGAUUACUACAUGGAAACCAACAGUAGUUGUAGCCACCAAUAAUAUCGAGGAAGCAUUUUUAGCAACUAAGAUAGCGUAUCUGAAAAAUGGAAAAAUUGUAUUUGAAAGAGAAGUAGAGGAAUUGCAUCGAAAAAAUCCAAAUAAGUCUAUAGAUUUAAUCGUAGAAGAUCUUUAUAACAGUAAUAACUCUGGGAUCAAUUCAAAUCAGUCUGAGACACCGCGAAAUAAAAAGCUAAGCAUUUGUCAGAAAAUCAAUCCAAGAUCAAAUAUUUGGAAGUUCAAAACCAUUAUUAUUCAAAAUAUGAAGUUUUUAACUUCAAAUAUUUGGUACAAUUAUUAUGGUUCUGAAUAUUUGGGUAAAAAUUCCAUGACAAAAGAAUCAACACUAGGACUUAUGAAAGUGCCAAAGAACUACACAAUAGCAAUAAUUAACAGUAUAACACAAGGCUCGUCGAAUAAACGUGAUGAACUAUUAAAAUCUAAUAUAAAUAUUGAAAUAGACAUGUCAAGUAACUUAUACCUAAAGGCUAAAGGCUGUUCUAAACAAAUAUCAUUGUCGCUAAGAUAA